AUGGCAAAAGCCUCUCAUAUAUUGCAAAAAGGUGCUGUGGUCCAGCACCAUGCCAGAGCCCAUACGCUGAAAGGUCGAAUGCCUGAGGAAAACAUGGAAUAUUUGGCGACAAACAUCCGUCGCGCUACACUGAACUGCCGGUCGUUGUCAAGUGAACAACACGCCGCUCUAUCCAGACUUCUGCGAUAUCUACAUGCACCGUUUGCUGCAGGAACCACGCAUCGGGAUCGCCCUCUCUUCAGUAUCGACAAUUACACCAUCUACUGCAGCGAUGCUGAAGAAAGAAAAGUAGGAGGCUGCGCAAUAGCAGUUAGGAACGAUUAUAACAACCUGGUGGAGAAAUUUGGAUCAACGUCAUCAUUAUGCGCCUAUGUACGAUUGCGGGAUCGCAGAGGACUCGAACUCUGGAUCGCAAGUGCUCACGCACGCACGGAGACCGCAGAGGACCACAACAAGGACGCGUUUUAUGAUGAACUCAAUACGUUGAUAUCCAAGGUACUAAGCCAGCAGUGGGUAAUUGUAAUUGGAAUUGAUGCGAAUGCGAAGAUGGGACUUGAACAACAACCCGAUGUGCUUGGAAAAUGGUUCUAUCCCAUGGAACAGAAAUCGGACAACGGAAAUCGUUUGAUAGACCUUUGCGAGCAGACGAAUCUCAUCAAUGCAGUGACGUUUAAGAGGAAUCAUCGACACCACCGGCUUACGUGGUAA